CACACCACGCCUGCCUGAGGCUAUAGUCAGAUGUCACUUAGUUUCACUUCUCAGUAAAAGAAAGCAAUGCUACAGUAGGGGGAUCAACGGCAGAGAGAGUGUGAAGACGCUUGUUCAGAAACUACACAAACAAACUUCAUCCUGCAGUAAUUCAGGGGACCCAGGAAAAUGCUUCCACCCGUGUUAGUUGUGCUCACGCUCAUCUCUUUAACCUGUGCACAAAAUCCUGCAAUACAAGUCAUCCUGACUAACAAAGGACUCCAGUACGGAAAACAUGUAGGUGCAGGAUGGAUUCAGGAGAAGUUGGACGUUGUCAGUCUCCCUGACAUCAGCGGGGAAUUCAGCAUUGGCAUCCUUGGCAGCGUAGACUACACACUGACAGGCACCACCAUAACAAAGUGUGACUUUCCGGAGCCAUCUGUUCAGUUCUAUCAGAACACCACAGGAUUCAAGACGUCCAUCCCAGGCCUCAGUGUUGCACUUAGCGGCAGUUGGAUGACACACUAUGGCAUAAUACACGAUGGAGGAUCAUUCGACAUGGCUAUAUUUAAUAUGGAUGUGACCUCUGUGGUGGAACUGGGCAAAGACCCUGACGGCCAUCUGUCUGUCACCAGUGUUAGCUGUGAUGCUCAGGUUGGAGAUGUGAACAUACAGUUUCACGGUGGAGCCAGUUGGCUCUUCCAGCCUUUAGUGGAGCAUUUCAAGGGGCGUAUCAAGUAUAAAAUACAGGGCAACAUCUGCCCUUGGGUGGAGGAAUAUAUUUCAACCUUGGAGUACCAUCUACAGGCCAUGAGAGUUUCCUUUGAUGUGGAUGACAUCUUUGCUUUUGACCUUCCUCUCACUGGCACACCCAUCAUUGAUGCUGCAAGUAUGAAUCUCGGUCUUAAGGGAGAGUUCUACAACAUCAGAACUCAUGCAGAGCCUCCAUUUAAGGCCCAGCCUUUCACUGUGCCUCAGCCGCCAGGCUACAUGUUGUCAGUGGGCCUGUCUGACUUCACUCUGAACUCUGCCUCAUAUGGACUCUACUCAGCUGGACUCCUUCAGGCCCUCAUCAAUGACAGCAUGAUACCUCCAUACAUCCCCUUGCACCUAAAUACCAGCGCAAUGGGGCCUUUCAUUCCUGAGCUUCCCAAAAUGUUUCCAGGUCUGCUGAUGAAUCUGCAGAUUUAUGCCAGAGAGAUGCCGCUGUUUUCCUUCCAGCCUGGUGUUGUUAAACUGGGCUUUCAGGCUGCUCUUAAGGCUUCUGCCAUCCAGCCAAAUGGUACCCAGAUCCCACUGUUCAAACUCAAUGCUGACUUUACAUUCAGCGGUAAAGUGUUCAUUGCUGAUGGAAUACUGAAGGGCUCCAUGGCACAGGACAAUUUCACACUGACGCUGGUGUCGAGUGAAGUGGGAACCGUUAAGAUCGAUUCCUUGGAAGAGUUGACGAUGAUGGGAAUGAAGGUAGUCUUGGCAAAAGUGAACGUGGAACUUGGCAAAGGUGUUGUUUUACCCAGAACGAGACACGCAGAGCUGGUCAACACAGUUCUGGAGAUGGAAGAGGGCUUUAUAGCCAUCUCCUCAGAUGCUCAGGUGUCGCUAACAGACAGAAGCUUCAACUGACAGGCAAACAUGGAUGCUCUCAUCUCAGUUCAGAUUCUUCAGCUUUAAACCAGUAAACAAACUGGAUUUGUCUACAUCUGACAGCACAUGACAAAGGCACUACUGUGUGUUUAAGAGGUACAACUACAUCUGUCUGGACUCUGGACUGUAAAUGAUUAACACCCCUUGCUACAGUACACAAUCAAAAUGUACACAUAUACAGCCUUCAUUUCAAAUCAAUGUUGAGCCUUCGGUUUAUCUUUGUAAAUACUUAUAAAGUGGUGCUCAGCCUGAAAUUGGAUCUUUUUUACACAAUAACUUUGUUACUCAUUUUUGAUACUGCACUCUGACUGAUUCAUUGAUAGAAAAAAAAGGGAUUGAAAAUCAUAUUGUCAUGAGAACUUUUUUUUUUUUUUUACAUUUUAUAUACAUAUUUUUCCACUAAUAAAGAAAAAAGGGAGUGAUUUGAUUUCAAAGUCACUAUGUUA